AUGCUUAGGAGACUCCAGAAAACAGUCUACUGCUUUGUUCAUCUGAGCAUUCAGGAGUUUCUGGCUGCAGUCUACGUGUUCCACUGUUACACCAACAGGAACAUAGAGGUACUGGAGGCAUUUCUGGGGAAAAAACAUGUUGAUUCAGCCCUUGAUGUCUUCCUGAAGGGAGCAAUGAUGAAAUCCCUUCAAAGUAAAAAUGGCCAUCUGGACUUAUUUGUUCGCUUCCUUCAUGGCCUCUCUCUGGAGUCCAACCAGAGACUCUUAGGAGGCCUGCUGGGUCGGACAGACAACAGUCCAGAAAUCAUCCAGAGAGCCAUCAAUAACCUGAAGAAGAUGAACACAAAAACCUCUCCUGACAGAAGCAUCAACAUCUUCCACUGUCUGAUGGAGAUGAACGACCACUCAGUACAUCAGGAGAUCCAAGCGUUCCUGAAGUCAGAGAACAGAUCAGAAAAAGAACUCUCUGAGAUCCACUGCUCAGCUUUGGCCUGCAUGUUGCAGAUGUCUGAGGAGGUUCUGGAUGAGUUGGACCUGCAGAAGUACAACACAUCAUACCAGGGACGACAGAGACUGAUUCCAGCUGUGAGGAACUGCAGAAAUGCUCGACUUUCCUUCUGUGGACUCUCAGAGACUCACUGUGAAGUUGUGGCCUCAGCUUUGAAGUCUAACCCCUCCCAUCUGAGACUGCUGGACCUGAGUCACAACAAUUUGCCGGAUUCAGGAGUGAAGCUGCUGUCUGCUGGACUGGAGAGUCCAAACUGUAGAGUGGAGACUCUGGGAUUGAUUCGCUGCAGUUUGUCAGAGAUCAGCUGUGGUUCUCUGGCCUCAGCUUUGAAGUCCAACCCCUCCCAUCUGAGAAUGCUGGAGCUGAGUGACAACAAGCUGCAGGAUUCAGAGGUGAAACUGCUGUGUGGUUUUCUGGAGAGUCCACAAUGUAGACUGAAGACUCUGGGAUUGAGUAUUUGCAGUUUUUCAGAGAUCAGCUGUGGUUCUCUGGCCUCAGCUCUGAAGUCCAACCCGUCCCAUCUGAGAGCACUGCACCUGAGUGACAACAAGGUUCAGGAUUCAGGAGUGAAUCUGCUGUGUGAUUUUCUGGAGAGUCCAAGCUGUAGGAUUGAGACUCUGAGAUUGUGGGAUUGCAGUUUGUCAGAGAUCAGCUGUGCUUCUCUGGCUUCAGCU